AUGUCAGCAUCGGCUUUUGAACCAUCGAAUUUGGAGGCGUGGCUAAGGGAAUACUACAGGACGAUCUUUCCCUUCAAAUCUUAUACAAAAUGGCUAUGUUAUGGAGAAAAACCCUCCGAGAAGUUUGCACUUCGAGAAUUUGCUUUCAUUCUAGAAGGAGACACGCAUUUGAGGUAUCGAAGCUUUCAAAAUGAAGCCGAUUUCGAGAAGGAUCUUAUCAAAAUGGCUCCACACAAACUUGAUCUCGGAGCGAUUUAUUCACAUCCACCAAAAGAAAACAAGAAGCAUUCGGAUUUUAAGCCGGUAGAACGAGAAUUUGUUCUCGAUAUCGAUUUGACCGAUUACGGAAAUGUUCGCACCUGUUGCACAAAAGCGACUGUUUGCGCAAAAUGUUGGAAGUUUAUAGCUUUAGCUGUGAACAUUUUGGAUAAAAUUUUGGAGGAGGAUUUUGGAUUUGUGGCGCGAAUGUGGGUGUUUUCCGGUCGACGUGGUGUGCAUUGUUGGAUUGGGGAUGUUCAGGCUCGUCAAUUGAAUAAUAGUCAAAGACAAGCCGUUGCUGAAUACUUAUCGCUUUUUUCGGGUGAUAAAAUGAAUGUGAACUUUGGCGGCAAGAAAGUUCGAUCUCAAAUUCUGCAUCCAAUGGUCAACUUUGCCUACAAAUGUGCUCUGCAAAGCGAGCUUUUUCAGAGUUUGCUCUUUGAGCAACAAUGGUUGAGUGAUUCAAGACUGGAUUUUCUACUACAGCAGAUCGAAGAUGAAGAAGUUGUUGGACAAAUCACAAAGUCUUUUAAACUAAAAGAUUCGGAACGCUGGGAUUAUUUGUUAAAGAAGUUUGAUGAGGAAACGCGCGUGGCACAUAAUGCGAAAACGGGCGCAUCGAUAGAUCCACCUCCAGCAACAUGUGAAAACUUUUUGAAGUGGUUUGUUCUCUACCAUUGCUACCCUCGGCUUGAUGUGAAUGUAUCUACAGGAAUGAACCAUCUACUGAAAUCGCCCUUCUGUGUGCACCCGGCAACUGGAAAUAUUGCCGUUCCAUUGAACCCAAAGAAGAUUCACGAGUUUGACGUCACACAAGCUCCACGAGUAGAUCAACUUUUGAAACAGCUGCGAGAGAAUGGACAAAACUCGGCAGAAAAUCGACGGAUUUUGGGUUAUAAUCACACGUCACUGAAGGAUUAUGUGCAUAAUUUCAAUAUGUUCAUAAUGAAAGCGCUGGCAAAUGCAGAAGAAGAACGAGCGAAGCAAAAAGAUCUGGAUAUUAAACCACCAGAAAUAGAUAGUCCGUUGAGAUCUCGAACCGUCAAU